CUUAGCGUUACCACUGAAAUUACAAAAUACCUGCAGGAAAUUUUCUUGGAAAUAGUCCAAAUAUGCGUUUACUACAGCUUACAACUGUGAUUGCAUUAUGUGCAACUGCUUUCGGCUAUUCAUGCCCGAAUGAUGGCCACACUUUCUUCCAUGCUGUUGUUUCUACCGGCUGUCAGGUCUAUCAUCGAUGUGAAAAUGGUCAAAUGAGUACCAUGACUUGUCCCUCUGGUCAAGCUUUUGACCAUCAUUCUUCUCAAUGUGUCGAUGCCGCUGCUGUUCACUGCGUCGAAACUGAUGGUCACCAUCGUCACAAGAGGUCAGAUGUCAUGGUGCAUACAAUUUCUCUAGAAGAUCUGAAGAAAAGUCUCAAGGAAUUAUUUGAAGCAAUAGUGCUAGCUAUUCGCAAAGCUCUUCAAGAUUCUGCACCUACGGUACUAGAGCUUAUUGAUUCCGAAUAUGCUCCUGUUGUAAAUACUGUCAAGAAUGAUGUUGAGCCAAUUUUCAAAGAUAAAAUACUACCCAGGUUGAUAAAAUUCUUCGACUAUUCCAAACGUGUUGCCGGAAGGGUGAUUAAUAAGGCCUAUCAGUCAUGGGAAAUGUCAAAUUCCACUCACAUCAAUUUGGUCUCUUUUUCCGACUUGGCCUCUGAUCUUAAGAAAGAUAUGCAGCCUGUCUUGCAAAUGGGUAGAUAUCUUUCCUCCAGACUUGCUCCUAAAUCCCGAGCUAAACGUAGCGCAACUACACCUGUAAAUGAAGUUCCAGAGCUUAUGCUUCCUUUACUCGAGCCCUAUUUUCAGCCAGUGGCAGAUAGUAUACUUAAGGUAAUUGAUGGUGAAGAAAAUAGCGUUUUGAGCAAAGUAAUUUUACCAGUAUUAAAGGAAAUGUUAGCGGACGAAGAAGCAUUGUUCGAUCUGAAGCGCAUCUUCUGGUCAUUUAAAGCUGCUUAUUUCCCUCUACUUCAUGAAGUAAUGGACAAACAGUCCUUUUAUACUCCAGAAGGCACUAUAAUCCAAAUUCCUAAUUCGAAGAUUGAAGAGGCAGAGAAAAAAUUUAAAGGAGAGAGUUGGCCAAUCAUGAAGAAACUCCUACAUAAUUAUGGACGAAAGCUUCUGUUCACAGCUAGUGACCAUGUUCCAUUGAUUCUCGAUUCUUUGGCAAAGUUUAGACCAGUUUAUGGCAAUCAUGCUGGAGUAUUCAGUGACUUGACAGUACGAUUUCUCUUGAAGCAUAAGAAUCUUUUUAAGCUUAAAAAUGGCGAUUUUACAGACAGCCACACAGUCACUGAGAUAGUUAAUGAUUUGAAACCAAUCGGAAUCACCAUUUUACAAGUAGUUUCAGAUUAUUUGAGCCAAAUGGAGGAUUCUUGGUACAGUUUUCUUUUUAACAAGGAUUCCUUCAUCUAUCGAAUUCUUAACGCAGGUGAACCUAGUUAUGCUGUGCCAAGUGGAAACGGUUACGGAGGCAGACCAAGUAACAACGGUUACGAUGACAAUGCUUUCCUCGGUAACAACCGAGUCUAUAACAGCAAUAGAAGAUUUUAAAAAAGUUUUUUGCAGAGAAAAAGCAGACAGAUAUUGAUCUGUUAUACACUUAGAAACAAUUUAUUAAACAAAUAAAUAUAUUUUUUUGAGUAAUACUGUGUGUUGUAAUA